GAUUGCCAUCUCAGCUCCCGGAGACUCCCGAGGUUCGAGCCGACCUCUUCCCGGCUCGCCGAAUCAUUCCGAAGAUUGCCGAAGUGCGAAGAGGGCUGGAGCCGCCGUUCAGGUUCCUGUCGGCGGUACCAUGGCCACUUCAACCGAGCGCCGCGCAUUCGCUCAGAAAAUUAACCGGACUGUGGCAUCUGAAGUCAGAAAACAAGUUUCCGGCCAAUAUAGCAGCUCGCCGCAGCUGUCCAAGAAACGCAGCGGCUCCCAUCAGUUGGUUCCUCUUUCAGAAGUGGUAGAGCCUGUGGACUUUGAGGAAUACCUGACCACACACCCCCCAGCUCCAGAACCAGGUCCACUCAGGGAACUACUCGAGUUUCCUGUGGAUGAUAUUGAGGUGGUUUACGAACCGCGAGAAUGUCGAACGGUCGAGCCUGGAGUCCCAGAAGAAGUGGGAAUGGACCCUCGAGUAAGAGAUGCCAUACAGAUCUACACCGAAGAUUGGGUCAUUGUUCACAGAAAGUAUCAAAAAAUGAGCACUGCAUUUAACAGCAACACAUCAGAGAAGCAGCGUGAGAGACAACGGGGCCUACCCAAGCAGAUCUUUGAGUCUGAUGAGGUUGUCGAUGACCGAGGAACCCAAGAUGAUCAGGAUGAUCUGAAGCGGAGGUCGGUGUCUCUGGAUGACACUCCGAGAGGGAGCUGGGCCUCCAGUAUCUUUGACCUGAAGAAUUCUGCUGCUGAUUCCCUUCUGCCCAGCCUUCUGGAUCGUACAGUUAUUGAUGAAGUGGACAAGCGCAAUGGGGAGCAGAGGAAGGAAAACCGACACCGGGAAUUGCUGGCACUCUUUCCGCCACCAGAUGAGGAUGAAGCUGUAGAACGAUCUUGUACUCCUGAAGUCCCUAAAGAACAUUUUGGGCAAAGAAUUCUUGUGAAGUGUCUGUCACUGAAGUUUGAAAUUGAAAUUGAGCCAAUAUUUGGAGUUCUUGCUUUGUACGACGUGAAGGAAAAGAAAAAGAUCUCAGAAAACUUCUACUUUGAUUUGAAUUCUGAUCAAAUGAAAGCCCUUCUCCGGCCUCAUAAUCCCCACGCUGCCAUCUCAACAUUGGCCAGGUCUACCAUCUUCUCCAUCACUUAUCCUUCCACUGACAUAUUCCUGGUAAUUAAGCUUGAAAAAGUUCUGCAGCAGGGUGACAUUGGGGAAUGCGCUGAACCCUACAUGGUUAUGAAGGAAUCUGAUUCUACUAAGCAUAAGGAGAAGGUAGAAAAACUGAAGAAUCAAGCAGAGCACUUCUGCAACAGAUUGGGCAAGUUCCGGAUGCCCUUUGCAUGGACUGCUAUCCACCUCAUGAACAUAGUGAACAGUGCCGGGAGCCUGGAACGUGACUCCUCUGACUCAGAAAGUGAGAGAAAGGGUACAUGGACAGACCGGAAGAAGAGGACAUUUGAAAGAAUGAGCCUUGGAGAUGACGCCUGCAACUAUACCAACUUUCGGCCAGCUACUCUGACUGUCACAAACUUCUUCAAACAGGAAGGGGACCGUUUAAGUGACGAAGACUUGUACAAGUUUCUAGCAGACAUGAGGAGACCCUCUUCUGUUCUGAGGAGAUUGCGCCCAGUGACAGCUCAACUAAAGAUUGAUAUAUCCCCUGCUCCUGAAAGUCCACACUACUGUCUCUCUCCCGAGCUGCUACACGUCAAACCAUACCCAGAUCCACGAGUUCGCCCAACUAAAGAGAUCCUGGAGUUUCCAGCAAGAGAGGUCUAUGUCCCAUAUACUACAUACAGGAACCUGGUAUACGUCUACCCACAGAGCUUGAAUUUCAGCAGCCGUCAAGGGUCUGUGCGAAAUAUUGCCGUGAAAGUCCAGUUCAUGGCAGGGGAGGAUGCCAAUAGUGCAAUGGCGGUUAUUUUUGGGAAGUCCAGCUGUGCUGAAUUUUCAAGAGAAGCAUAUUCUGCUGUGGUGUAUCACAACAAAUCUCCUGAAUUUUAUGAGGAAAUUAAAAUGAAAAUUCCAGCUAAUUUGACAGACAAUCAUCACCUGCUCUUCACCUUCUACCACAUCAGCUGCCAGCAGAAACCCAGUUAUUCACUGGAGACUCCUGUGGGCUACACGUGGAUCCCUCUGAUGCAACAUGGCCGCCUUCGAACUGGACCAUUCAGCCUUCCAGUGUCAGUGGACAGGCCACCUCCCAGUUACUCGGUCCUUACUCCUGAUGUCCAACUGCCAGGAAUGAAGUGGGUCGACAACCACAAAGGAGUGUUUAAUGUGGAAAUAUUGGCCGUGUCAUCAGUGCAUACCCAGGACCAAUUUCUGGAUAAGUUUUUCACUCUAGUGCACGUACUGGAAGAAUAUUCAUUCCCUUUUCGGCUGAAGGACGUGAUCAUCACAGAAAACAAUGUGGAGGCAGAACUGAAAGCCAGUAUAAAUAACCUGCGGUCAGCAAAGAUGGAGCCACUUCUUCGAUUUGUCCACCAUGUCCUCAACAAACUCAUCCUCCUAAUUGUGCGACCUCCAGUUAUCAGUGGGCAAAUAGUCAAUCUGGGUCGGGCUGCUUUUGAAGCAAUGGCUCAGCUCGUCAGUCAGAUCCACAAAAACCUGGAAGGAAAUAUGGACCAACAUGGACACAACAAUCUGCUGGCAUCCUAUAUAUACUAUAUGUUUCACCUUCCAGACACUGACCACUGUCCUCAGGUUCCUGGGUCAAACAGUCCGCCGUAUGCAGGUCCCAUUCAGUAUGCCACUUUGUCUCGUACCGCUACCAGGCCAACCAGUCUAAACCUGUCUCGCUCAAAGAGCAUCAGCAACAGCAAUCCAGAUCUUGCCACAACGCCUACAACGCCAGAUGAUGAGGUGAAAAAGAUCAUGGGUUGCAAAGGGAUCGAUCGGUCACACUCCUGGGUUAAUUCUGCUUACGCUCCCGGUGGGCCAAAGGCUGUCUUGCGGAGAAACCAUCCCAAUUCAAGCUGUGAUCUCAAGCAGGCAACUGAGCGGAGUCCCAACCGCAUGUCCUCAUUUUUGGACGGCUUCACUCAUUCACAGCACAGUCAGCCAAGAUUUUCAACCAAAAAGCUUCUCCAUGAGGAGUUGGCCUUGCAGUGGGUGGUAAGCUCCAGCAGUGUGCGGGAGUCAGCCUUGCAGCAGGCUUGGUUUUUCUUCCAGUUGAUGGUGAAAAGUAUGGGCCAUCAUCUCCAUCUUUCAGACAAGUUUGAGACCACACGGAAACUGAGAUUCCCAGAGAGAUUUGUAGAUGAUAUAACAGCUUUAGUCAGCAUGAUCACUACUGACAUUGUCAGCAGGUUUCAGAAGGACAUUGAGUUGGUGGAGCGGCUGAAUACCAGCUUGGCGUUCUUUCUCAAUGAUUUGCUCUCCCUGAUGGAUCGAGGAUAUAUUUUCAAUCUCAUUCGCACGUACUACAAACAGGUCAGCAAUAAACUGCAGACAGCACAGAACCCAAAUGCCCUCAUAGCUCUAAGGCUGGAUUUCAUUCGCAUUAUCUGCAGCCACGAACAUUACAUCACUCUGAACCUUCCGUGCAGCACUCUUUCACCCCCUGCGUCCCCGUCCCCUUCAGUCUCCUCAGCUACCUCCCAGAGUUCUGGCUUUUCCACACUCAUUCAGGAUCAGAAGAUAGCCAAUAUGUUUGAGAUGUCGGUGCCUUUUCGACAGCAGCACUUUCUGGUUGGGUUGCUAUUGACGGAGCUAGCCUUGAUUCUGGAACCGGAUGUCGAAGGCUUAUUCUUUCUGCACAAGAAGGCAAUUGGUGCAAUCCACAACCUAUUGUGUAGUCAUGACGCAGACCCUCGGUACACUGAUUGUGAGGUAAAAGCUCAUGUUGCAAAGCUCUAUUUUCCUCUAAUUGGCAUCGUGAUGGACACCCUGCCUCAGCUGUAUGACUUCACGGAAAAUGGCAACCAGAAGGGACGACUGACAGCUUCAAUGAUGGACGAAGUGGACAACGAGAACAGCAGCAUGAUCAGUCAGACCAUUGCCAUGGCAAUAGCAGGAUCACCUGUGCCCCAUCCAAACAGAAACGCCCCUUUCCAGCUCCCUGUUGUGCCCAGCCGGCAAUAUGCCACACUAUCGGCAGAGUCAAGUCGCAUCCUUCUCAUCUGUUUCCUCUGGGUCCUGAAGAAUGCAGACGAGGAGAUCCUGCAGAAGUGGUUCACAGACCUCUCGGUAUUCCAGCUGAACCGUCUAUUAGACCUCUUAUACCUAUGCAUAUCGUGCUUCGAAUACAAGGGUAAAAAAGCUUUUGAACGGAUUAAUAGCCUGACAUUUAAGAAAUCUCAAGACAUGAAAGCUCGGCUGGAAGAGGCCAUUCUUGGCACUGUAGGUGCACGACAGGAGAUGGUACGGCGCAGUCGAGAGAGAAGCCCUUAUGGAAGCCAAGAGAAUGUCCGCUGGAGGAAGAACAUCACUCACUGGAGGCAAAAUACGGAUAAGGUUGACAAGACAAAGUCUGAAAUGGAACAUGACGCCUUAGUGGAUGGGAAUUUGGUUACUGAAGCUAACCUUGUGAUUUUGGACACACUUGAAAUCAUCGUGCAGACAGUCAUGGUGACAGAAUCCAAAGAAAGUGUGUUAACUGGAGUGCUGAAGGUCAUUUUACAUGGCAUGGGCUGCAACCAGAGUGCCCUCUUCCUGCAACACUGCUUUGCUACCCAACGGGCCCUAGUCUUCAAGUUUCCGGAAAUGUUGUUUGAGGAGGAUACCGAGCUUUGUGCUGAUCUGUGUUUGAGACUCCUGCGACACUGCAGCAGCAGCGUGGGGACCAUCCGAUCACAUGCUAGUGCUUCACUCUACCUCCUCAUGAGGCAGAACUUUGAGAUUGGCAAUAAUUUUGCCCGAGUGAAAAUGCAAGUCACCAUGUCACUGUCCUCACUGGUGGGGACUUCCCAAAACUUCAAUGAAGAAUACCUCCGGCGCUCACUGAAAACAAUCCUGACAUAUGCCGAGGAAGACCUGGAACUACGAGAAACCACCUUUCCUGAACAGGUCCAAGACCUGGUGUUCAAUCUGCACAUGAUCCUCACGGACACCGUGAAAAUGAAGGAGCACCAGGAGGAUCCCGAAAUGUUGAUGGAUCUAAUGUACAGAAUUGCCAAAGGUUACCAGACAUCACCAGAUUUGCGCUUGACCUGGUUGCAGAACAUGGCAGGGAAGCACUCAGAACGGGCCAACCAUGCCGAGGCAGCUCAGUGCCUGGUACACUCUGCAGCAUUGGUGGCUGAAUACCUCAACAUGCUGGAAGAUUGCCGCUACUUGCCAGUGGGUUGCGUCACCUUUCAGAAUAUAUCGUCAAAUGUUCUUGAGGAAUCGGCUGUAUCAGAUGAUGUUCUUUCUCCGGAUGAAGAAGGAAUUUGUGCUGGGAAAUACUUCACGGAAGCUGGCCUGGUGGGAUUGCUGGAGCAGGCAGCAGCAUCUUUUACAAUGGCUGGGAUGUAUGAAGCUGUGAAUGAAGUCUACAAAAUACUGAUCCCAAUUCAUGAAGCCAACCGGGACAAUAAGAAACUGGCAACAAUCCACGGAAAACUACAAGAUGCCUUCAAUAAAAUCUCUAAUCAGAGUUCUGGCUGGGAGAGGAUGUUUGGGACUUAUUUCCGAGUGGGUUUCUAUGGUUGUAAAUUUGGAGAUUUGGACGAACAAGAGUUUGUCUAUAAGGAGCCCUCAAUCACCAAGUUGGCAGAGAUUUCAUAUCGUCUUGAGGAGUUCUAUCGGGAUCGGUUUGGGGAAGAGGCUGCUGAGAUUAUCAAAGAUUCUAAUCCAGUCGACAAAGCUAAACUGGAUCCUAACAAGGCAUACAUACAGAUCACAUACGUUGAGCCAUUCUUUGACACCUAUGAAAUGAAAGACCGCAUCACAUACUUUGACAAGAAUUAUAACCUGCGCUGCUUCAUGUACUGCACACCCUUUACAUUGGAUGGCCGUGCCCACGGAGACCUGCAUGAACAAUACAAACGAAAGACGAUUCUCACAACUUCACAUGCCUUCCCCUACAUCAAAACCAGGAUCAAUGUCAUUAACAAGGAAGAGAUUAUAUUAAUUCCAAUUGAAGUUGCCAUCGAGGACAUGCAAAAGAAGACCCAGGAGUUGGCUUUUGCCACGCACCAGGAUCCGGCUGAUGCCAAGAUGUUGCAAAUGGUCCUUCAGGGAAGUGUGGGAACUACAGUCAACCAGGGACCUUUGGAAGUGGCCCAAGUUUUCCUGGCAGACAUUCCAGAUGACCCCAAACUCUUCCGACAUCACAACAAGCUGAGACUCUGCUUCAAAGACUUCAUGAAACGAUGUGAUGAUGCCUUGCGCAAGAACAAGACCCUGAUUGGAGCAGACCAGAAGGAAUACCACAGAGAGCUGGAGCGUAACUAUCACCGACUGAAGGAGUCGCUGCAACCCAUGAUCAACAGGAAGAUUCCCCAGCUGUACAAGACCCUUAUACCCAAUACAAGUCACCGAAACUCCUUCAGCAGAUCGAGCUUACGUAAAGUGGAAAUCUAAAGAACUGGUGGAGUCAUUUUUUAAAAAUUUUCUCUCAAUGAUGAAGGAACUGGUAUGAAGGAUGAAUGUGGAAGGAUUAAGGCCAGAGGAUACAGAGUUUCCUCUUUUUAAAGCCUCCUCUUCAGGGCCCAUUCAACUUAAGGCAGUUGUCUACGGAAUCCAAGCUGCUUAUAGCUGCUUCUUUGCCUCCCCGAUCCGAUCACAGGAGACUAUUUUCAAAAUUAGAAUCGUAGCUCUAUGUGAGUCUGACUGCUAGAUUGGUGUGAGAUUUUUUUCUGUGGUCAUGGCAUCACUCCAUGAUUGAUUUGAUAUUUUAGUAACCGGAGUAUUUAAAACAGAAUUGUUCUAAUGCCUUGUGUCUGCAUCUAGAUCCUGACAUGGGCUGUUGUCUAAUUUGAUGUCCUUGUCUAAUGCACUUGUGCCCUGUACAGUAUUAUAUGGUGCACUCUCAUACUAAAACCACCAAGAGCAACCAUUAAGGUUUUACAUAUGGUAAGUUGUAAAGAGGUGGUUACUAAUUUUUCAGAAUUUUGUUUUCUUAUCAUGAAUGUAUCUUUUGAAAUUCAGGAAGGAUGCACUUUGGCACCAGUUUAAGUUAACAGCAUGAUACUUCAAACAUCCUCCGUCAAUGCUUUCACAGAAUCAAAUUCCAAUAGCUUAAAAACCAACUGGACCACUCUGGUGCCAACCAAUCACUGCCUUAAGUCAUCCAAUAUCUGCUUAUAAUUUAUUGCUGGAUUACUUUUUCAAAUAUGCUCAUAUUUUGUGUAUCAAUAACCUUUUAAGAACCACUAUCAUUCCAAGUGUUAAUUCCUCUACAGUAGUUGUGAGUUGCAAGGGUUUAAUACAGCCCCUUAAAGAAUUAUGUCAUUAUGGAUAUCUCCUAAUGAAGAUGUUUAUUUCCUUUCUGCGCAGUUCUUGCACUACUUUACAUUGAAGUUUUUAAUGGUAUAACAGUCACUCAGAUAGCAUAGCUGUUAAUAUAGCACCAAGUGAUACAAGAGAGAGUCUGACAUACCAAUUCAGUCAUUCACUUUGCAACCCUAGUUGACAGAAGAAUCCAAAAGCUCUGCCUGUUGAAAGGUAAAUGGCGUCACCACUUGUCAAACCAUCUGGUGAGAAGAGGUUGUGGUGACCAAGCUGCAGCUUCACUUAAAAGGAAAAGCUACUCCUGAAGGAAGAUAGAAAAUGUCUAGGGGUGUAAAAUCAUACCAUAACAGUUGCCUGUGUUCUUUAUAAACUUUGCUUUUAUCUAAAUUGUCACUUCAGAAAGGGAAUGACCAAGUGCAGUGUUACAGGGCUGAUCAGCAUAGUGAUCUUAUGCUUAAUGUUUGUGACGAGUAAUUUUUAAGAAAAGCUUGAUGGUCUUAAAAUAACAACUGUUAAAUGUUCUUUUCUAUUUUGGGGCUUAGCUGACAAAAUAAUUACUCUAAAUAGAAUAUGGAAAAAAUAUACAAUGAAAGCUGUGCUGCAGUAACAUAUCUACCUACCUAAGACCUUGUAGAAGCAUCUCUGCGCAGACGUAAGUACGUUUGUAAUUCCGAACAAGUGCUAGACACAAGAGAUUCUGCAGAUGCUGGAAAUCCAAAUCAACACACAAAAUACUGGAGAAGCUCAGCAGGUCAGGGAGCUUCUGUGGAGGAGAAUAAACAGUCAGUAUUUUGGGCUGAGAUACUGAAGGGUCGCACGAAAUGUCAACUGUAUACUCCCUGCAUAGAUACUGCCUGACCUGAGUUCCUCCAGCAUUAUGUGUUGCUCCAAGCAGAUACAUUACUCCUUAUUAAAUCCGCUGUAAGUUUAACCCUGAAUUCAUUACCAUAUUUUAUGACUGAAACCAAAUGUGAAUCUUUAUUCACAUUGAUAUAGCCUUUUAUAUCUGUAAUUAUCGUUGUUAAAAGUGAGCAAAUUCCAUUGCUCUCCUUUCUCCUCUUGACUUCAAUAUUCGUUUAAAAAAAAAGUCCUGACAUAAAUAUAUGCCCAGAUUUUUACCUUUUACGCUUGCUUCUUCUAUCACAUUCUGUAAUCGGAUUCAGGACAGCGGCAGUGCUGGGUAAACCCACCAUCUUUCUGUUGAGUCCCGAUUGCCUUUGUCUCUAGAGUACAUCCUUUUGUUAUUGCUGUCAUGUGUGAUUUGAAACCUAAUCCUGCUGUGUAAUUUCAAAAAUAGGCGAUUGUAAUCUUUUUUCUUUUUUAUAUGAUUUAUUAUUUAUUCAGAUUAUUUAAAGAUUUAAUGGGAUAUUUUACACAGAGCAUGAUUAUUUAAGAUUGAGUGGGUAAAACACUAAAAAUUCCAGUAGCCAAGGGUUUUAUUUGGUUAUUUGUUAGGCUGGGGUUCUCAAAGAUUUACCAGACAUGUGGAGAUGUAUUUUCCAUAUCCAGCCUCCAAAAACAGGAAGGAAAGUCUACGUGUGCUGUGUUCACAAUGACCAAGCAGUCAAGUUGAUAGUGGUAUUUUUGUUUGUACCUCUCCAGAACAUCAGCAAAAUGAUCUCUUUUCUAGUGUAUGUUUCCACCGCAAGUGGUAAUGGUAGGAUGAUCGCUGUUGAUUCUGUUGUUCUACAUACAUACAUGGACGCAUACUCUUAUACACACACACACACACACACACUCAGACACACACACACACACACUCACUCAAACAUGCACACACACACACACACACUCACUCACUCACACUCACACUCACACACACACUCACUCACUCACUCAGACACACACACACACUCACACUCACUCAGAGACACUCAGACACACACACACACACACACACACUCACUCACUCACUCA